AUGCGAUUCUCCUUGACCAACGUCGUGGCAGCUGCCCUCACCCUCAGUAGCACUGCGCUUGCUACCAUCACUGGACCUUUCUUCAUCACUAUCGUCCCAGAGGACGGAUCUACCUCUUACCCGGCUACUAUCGCAACCGUCUCUCGUGGUGCUCAGAUCCUCUCUUCGGCCCUUACGUACGGGCAGGAGUUUACCUUCAACACAACCGCAAACCGCCUUGUGAAGGCUGAUGAGACCAACCUCAGCCUCGGAAGCGGUGCCCUCACCACUGACUCUCCUUUCCUCUUUGCCCAGACUUCCGGCACUCCCCUUGCCCAAUUCAACGUCAGCGGCAAGACCUACAUCGUCAAGUCCGGCACAACCGACAUCUACCAGUGGUGGAGCACGCCUACCACCACUGGCCUCGCCGUCCAGGUCAACUAUGAGGGUCCCGGCGCCGCUGCUGCCAACGCUGCUCUCCGAAUCGACCUGACAGUCUAA